AUGAAAAGUGAAAAAAGUAAAGUUACAUCAAAUCUUAACACUCUUAUUUUGGUUUUCAAUGGACAAAGAAAAUUUUCGUUCUACAUUAAAGUGCGUACUGCACUUAAUAUUGAAGCAAGAACUAUUCACGACGAGCUAAGUAAUCUUUUUGGUGAUGAAGCUCCUUCUUAUCGGACAGUUGCAAGAUGGGCUCAAUGGUUUCGUCCAGGUCGAGAAGAAAUUGAAGAUGAAGAACGAUCCAGAAGACCUGUAACUGAGAGUACUCUUGAAAAUAUUGAAGAAAUUCGUAGUAUUGUUAGUGAUGAUUCUCAUGUUACAAUAGCAGAAUUACAAGAGCAUACUGGACUAAGUUAUGGCACCCUUCAUGCAAUAUUAUCUGAUCAUCUGGAACUUGGAAAAAUUACUGCUCGUUACAUACCGAAACAGCUAAUGGAUUAUCAACGGAGUGAACGAGUUCAAAUAUGCAAAGAAAAUCUGUCAAGAUUUGAAGAAGGAAGAUGGUGUUUAUGUGACGUGGUAACAGGUGAUGAAUCGUGGUUUUUCCGUCAGUAA